GGAAGGGAAAGCACUGAACGUUACUAGCUCCUUGAUCGUAGCCUCUUCUUAGCUUCUUCCUGUCUUCUCCUUCACCUCCACAAGUCCUUCUCAUCGCCAGCAUGUCUUCCCUCGCAGGGCCGCUGAACGUGCGGCAAGUGGAACGGGCCGUGGACGCUCUGUUCAACCACGUGCAGAAGAAAUCCAAGUCUGGGGACAAGGAACAGCUCAUUGACAGCAGCGAUCCAGUCACUGUUGUUAUUGGAAUGAAGAAGAUUCCGAGAACCAAUGGCAGAGUGAAGCCAUACAUGAUCAAGUUGAAACACUCCAUGUAUGAGGCGGGGAGCAUAGAAACAUGCUUGAUCACAAGACCCCCGCAGAGGAAGUACAAGGAUCUGCUCCAGAGUCUCAACAUAGACUACAUAUCGAAAGUGAUUGAUUUGAAGAAGCUAUCCAGCAAGUAUAAGCAGUACGAGGCGAAGCGACAGUUGUCAAGCUCCUUCGAUGUCUUCUUUGCAGACGAGAAGAUCAUUCCAAAGCUUCCUCACCUGCUGGGAAAAGAAUUCUUUCAGAAGAAAAAGAUCCCCCUGACGGUCAAGCUGGGAAAGCAGAACCUCGGCGAUCAGUUCAAGAGGCUUUUGAACUCAUCUCCUUUCUUCCUCGCUGAGGGCAUGUGCUCGGUGCUCAAGGUAGGACAUACGGGAAUGGACCGAAAGCAGGUUGUAGACAACAUCAUCGUUGGCAUGGACUCGGUUGCCAAGCUGCUGCCCAAGAACUGGGACUUUAUCCAAGCCCUGAAUAUCAGGACCCACGACUCGAUCGCUCUCCCAAUCUACAGCUCGCUCCCUACCGUGUCUACUAUCACUGCUGCGCCUGCGAAGAGCCCGAAGAAGAGGAAAUCUCCUGGCAAGCGUGAGGAUGAGAAGGAUGAGAGACCUAAGAAGGUCAAGAAGGCGGCGGGGAAGGCGAAAGAGGAGGCUGCGGACGAGCCAGCAAAGGAGGAGGAGAAAAAGGAGGAGGAAAUCACCGAAACACCGAGCGCGAAGAAAAGUGCGAAGAAAGCAGCAAAGCCCGAGGUCACGAAGACGCCGAAGAGCGUGCAGAAGAAGAAGAUAAGCACACCAAAGAGCACAAUGAAAGCUUCAGCCAAGAAAGUGAAAGCUGCAGCUUAAGCCCGCAUCAAAGAUUUUUACAAACAAAUCCUAUCCCUCUUCAAAGGACAUUUCUGCUGAUUGUCUUGUUGAUUUUGUAAAGUUCAUAUUCAACG